UUGCAACUUGUGCUCUCCUUUGGACUCCCAUGAUCAAAUAUUAAGAGAAUUUAUUGUCUGUUUUGUCGGCUUCUUCUCAAGUUGCUCUUCCUUCUUCUUCUUCGUCUGACUUCUGCAACAGCAAGUCAGAUUGCUUACUAGUUCUCAAUAUGAGCCUCUGAGUUUCAAAAACUUCUUCUUUCUUCAUUAUAUCCAGUUCUUCCCUAUAGUAACAAAUUCUUGGAGCAACAUGGAAAAAAAGCCUUGGCCUUUGUUUCACGCAAUUGCCCCCUUCAUUUCGGUGUUGUCUAUUUCCCUUUUGUCUGAAGUCUUCUUGGGGGCGAUUCUACAUGCAGGCAAGAUCUCUCCAGGGUUUCAAGGCACUCACAUGAUAUACAUAGACAAUGAUGGCAAGUUUCUCGAGUCAAACAAUGGAGAAUUCGUCUUUGGCUUCAUCUCCACAACAAAUGGUACCUCAUCGUUUCUCGUAGGAAUCGUCCACAAGGCCACUGAAACAGUGGUUUGGACUGCAAAUAGAGGAAGUCCUGUUUCAGAAUCUGACAACUUUGUGUUUGAUGAAAAUGGAAAUCUAGUUUUGCUUGGGAACAAUGGAAACGUUGUUUGGCAGAGUUAUAGCUACCCAACAGAUACCUUGUUGCCAAGUCAGGACUUCUCAGAAGGAAUGAAACUUAUCAGUGAGCCUUCACCUAAUGAUAACUUGACCUAUGUUCUUGAGAUCAAAUCUGGGGACGUCAUUCUUUCUGCUGAUUUCCCAGCUGCUCAGAUUUACUGGUCCUUGCAGAAGGAUAACCGCAAGACCAUUGAUAAAGACGGUGGUCUUGUAGCUUCAGCAUCACUGAGUGAAAAUUCCUGGAGGUUCUAUGAUAAAAACAAGUCCUUGUUAUGGCAAUUUAUUUUUUCUGAAGAUUCAGAGACAAAUGCCACUUCGGCUGCUGUUUUGGGAAAUAAAGGUUUUCUCACUUUCUCUGCUUUAGGACGUCAAAGUGCUCGAGUUUCUCCAAUUAGAAUUCCACAAACCUCUUGUAGUACACCACAACCUUGUGGUCCAUAUUACAUAUGUACAGGUAAUAACAAUUGUCGCUGUCCUUCUGUUCUUAGCUCUCGUUCGGAUUGCCAACCUAGGAAUAUUGUCUCUUCUUGUAAUAACUCUAAAAGUUCUGUAGAGCUCGUGAAAGCUGACUAUGGAAUCCAUUACUUUGCCCUUGAUUUCCUUCCGCCCUCGUCAAGAACUGAUUUGAAUGGUUGCAAAAAUUCUUGCCUUCGUAAUUGCUCGUGCCUUGCUAUGUUCUUCCAUAACAGUUCAAGGAACUGUUUUCUGUUAGAUAGCAUAGGAAGCUUCGAGACUUCGGAUGAAAAUUCUGGGUUUGUUUCUUACAUUAAGGUCUCGGCUUCUGGAGGCAGAGGUAGUAAUGAAAGGAGCAAUAAUCACACCAUAAUUGCUGUGGUCGUUGUUUUAUCUACAUUGACUUUAAUAUUGGUGGUCGCUUAUGUGGGAUUUCGAUAUUAUAGAAGAAAGCCAAAAUUGGAUGAUUCUUCUGGGGAGAAUUCAGAAGAAGACAUUUUCUUGGAGAAUUUAACUGGCGGGCCAACUCGUUUCAGCUAUAAAGAUCUUGAAAUAGCAACACGUAAUUUCUCAGUGAAGCUGGGACAAGGGGGUUUUGGUUCAGUUUAUAAAGGGGUUCUACCUGAUGGGAUUCAUGUAGCUGUGAAGAGAUUGGAAACCAUUGGGCAAGGAAAGAAAGAGUUUAGAGCAGAAGUUAGCAUCAUUGGGAGCAUCCAUCAUCAUCAUCUGGUCAGGCUUAAAGGGUUUUGCGCAGAAGGAUCUCAUAAGCUUCUUGCUUAUGAAUAUAUGGCAAAUGGUUCAUUGGACCGAUGGCUAUUCAAGAAAAACGAAGGAGAGUUCAUGUUAGAUUGGAAUACCAGGUUUAACAUAGCACUAGGAACAGCAAAAGGACUAGCUUACCUCCAUGAAGAUUGUGAUUCCAAGAUUGUACAUUGUGACAUCAAACCAGAGAAUGUGCUUCUUGAUGACAAAUUCCUUGCUAAAGUUUCAGACUUCGGUUUGGCCAAGCUAAUGACUCGUGAACAAAGCCAUGUUUUCACAACUCUUAGGGGAACCAGGGGAUAUCUCGCACCAGAAUGGAUCACAAACACUGCUAUAUCAGAGAAAAGUGAUGUUUAUAGCUACGGGAUGUUGUUGCUAGAGAUCAUUGGAGGAAGGAAGAAUUACGAUCCGAAUGAAACUUCAGAGAAAUCUCAUUUCGCAUCUUUUGCUUUUAAGAUGUUGGAAGAAGGGAAGCUGAGAGACAUUGUUGAUUCAAAGUUGGAAAUGGAUGAAAACGAUGAAAGACUUCGUAAUGCUGUUAGAGUUUCAUUUUGGUGUAUACAGGAAGACAUGUCUCGGAGGCCUUACAUGUCCAACGUUGUUCAAAUGCUUGAGGGUCUCUGUGCUGUUCCUGAGCCUCCAACAAGUUCGCUAUUGGGUUUCCGCCUUUACCCAUCUCUGUUUCAGCCCAACCGAGAAGAAGUAGAACCAUCAAACCCCAAUAAAGAUUCUUAUACCUCUGCAGUUCGGCUUUCAGGACCAAGAUGACAAAUUAUUUGGUACCAGUGUCAUAGUUAGAUAUCUGUAAUGUAAAUUUUGCUGAGUUCCUUGAGGGAUAUAUAGUUAUUAGGUAUCAUGUUCAGAUUUUUACCAGCAUUACAUAGUGAGAGCAACUUGAUUCAUAUCUGUAACAUAUCAUGAGAAUAUAAACUCAUCCAAACACAAGCCAAGAGUCUGAAUUCCAGAGAUUUAAAACAGGUUGAAUAUGAAAUUUGAAUGAUUUGCUAGCAAA